CGGGAACGGGGAAAGGGAACCGGGAAGGGGAAAGGUAACGGGAACAGGAACGGAGAACGGGAAGUAGGAAGGGGAACCGGGAACAAGGAAAGGGAAAGGGGAACGGGGAAAGGGAACGGGGAACGGAACGGGAAUGGGAACCGGGAACGGGAACUGGGAACGGGGAAAGAGAACGGGGGCCGGGAACGGGGAAAGGGAACGGGAACCGGGAACUGGAACCGGGAACGGGAACGGGAAAAGGGGCAGCCCCGGGAGUGGAAAGCGUGCGCCGAAGGGAACUGGAGCCGGCAGGAAACGGGAAUCGGGAGGCAAACGGGAGCUCGGGACGGAACGGGAAAUAGCGGGAGCGGGGGGACACUCGGGAAUGUGGGAGGAAAGGGGAGCUGAGGAGGGGCCCGAGGAACGGGAGACGAACGGGACUGGGGGUGGAAGCGGGGAGCCCGGGAGAGCCUGGGGGAGCUGGGAACCGGGAACUGUGGGGCAAAGGGGAGCCGGGCACGGAACCGGGAUCCAUAGGGAACGUGAGCCAGGGGACGGGAAACCGGGAGCGGGGGAGGACAGCGGAGCCCCGAGCGGGGGAAGCAGGCCGGCACUGCCGACAGGAGACACUCACGGUGCCCGAGCCGGAGGCCACUGUCUUCCAAGGCACCUUGGAGCCAAAGAAGUGGAUCUGUGCACUAGUAGUUAUCACUUUUCACUUGACCUUCCAGUCAGCACAGCAGCUGGAGAGGACCUUGAAUACCUUUGGCUUAUGCUUUACAAUAAAGGUAACAGACGUGGCAGAGGCUUCACCAUCCCGGGGCACUUAAACUGUGGCAUUGCAUUCCUAGAGGAAAUUCUGAGUGACUGUAAGAGCUGUGGAACAGCAGGAGCUGCACAGGAGGCAGCUCCCCCGAGAAGCUGCCAAACCAGACUUUGUCAAAGCCCUCAGAGGGAGCACUGAAACGUUGGUUAGAUUCAUUAUUACUAAAGAAGUAAUAAUAGAAGUAAUAGAAGUAAUAAUAGAAGUAAUAGUGUCACAGGUGGCUGGUGACACUGCACUCCCACACACCCGGAGCAGACACAGGACUGGUGUGCCGCCGGGAGUUCAGCCGCUCAGCACCUCCCCAUCCUGCCAAUCCUUUUUCUUUCAAGUGGAAAGAAUGCCGUGAAACUCCUGGCAUGGAGCAUAAGGCUGGUGUCUUUACCACGAUAGGGAUUACCUGCAUAUCCAACCUGAGAAAAUAAACCAAAAUACUGCUGCUUCAAGUAGUGAAACUAUUUCUAGUACCUCACGCUUGAUCUUGCAGUCCUCAUUGAAGGGCCAGCCUGUAAUCAGAUCAGUCUCUUGUGCACGCUGCCCAUCCCCCGGCAGAGGCAGCUCAUCUGAAAUUGAGGUCCUUGCAACAGGAAUUCUGUUUCGAAACAUCCACACCAGUGGAAUCUGACAAGAUUACCUGAUGCAAUAAAGGAGCUCAAGAAAAAAAAAAAACAA